UACCUUUUGAAUGUCUACCGUGUAGAUUGUGUGUUAUACCAUAAUUAGCUAUAUUUAAACAUGAAAUCAGUUCUGUGUGAAAUGCAAAGGAAAAAUUAAGAUAUUUUGUAUUAUCUAAUUAAACUAAAUGGCAAAAUAAAUUACCAGUUUGUAAUAGUGAAUAUAUAUCCCAUGCACACUUAUGCACACUUACGCACACGUAUUCGUCAACAAACGAUGAAGUAAACAGGCCUUAAUCGGUCCUCGCACUGGAGUCCACGCUUGCCUCGGCGUGAUUGGCAGCUGUGACGGCUGAUCUGAUGUGGACUCCAGGAGGAAGAGGCCUGCCCACAAGCCAUUAAUGCUUCUCAGAAACUUAAUUGCGGCAGUCUGUUGUGUGGAUUUGAGGACUACAAAGCAUUAAGGGACUUGUGUAAGCGUCUGAGCGACAUUAUAAAAGCGCCUCCAGGAGGAGAAGCCGACUGCUUUCUCGGUUUGCUGAAGCCUGCGACGACAGCGCCAUGUUCAGCAGGUUCAAAGCGUUCCUGAGGGCUCCUGAGCCUCCCCCCGAACAAGCUGAGGCUGCGCCUCCUGCCCCCCCUCCACCGGCCAAGGAAGAAAAGCCAGCUGAAAAAGAGCAGCCAAAAACAGAAGAGGAAAAGAAAGACGUGAAGACAGAAGACGACAAAGAAAAUACCAAAGAAGAGCCGCAGAAAGAGGAACCAAAAGCAGUUCCAGCUCCUGCUCCAGCUGCUGCUCCUGCUCCUGCUCCUGCUCCAGCUGCUGCUCCUGCUCCAGCUCCUGCUCCAGCUGCUGCUCCUGCUCCUGCUCCAGCUGCUGCUCCAGCUGCUGCUCCUGCUGUCAAUCCAGAUGGAGAUGAAGGUGAUGUGCCCCCCCCUCCUCCUCCACCUGUCGUCUACUUCCGCGGAAUCGAUGACAUGCUCAGAGGCAAAAUCAAGGCGUCGAGAGAGCGGCAAGAGACCCUCAAAGAGAAAGCCAUAGACCCUUAUGCCACUUCGCCAGAAAUCACCCCACCCGUCACACCUAUCCUAAAGAAGGAGGACUACAUCCGACUGAAGGAAGAGGAGCGAAUUGCAAAAGAAGAGGCGGAUAAAAAGAAGGUGGAAGAAGCCGCCAAGAAGGCCGAGGAGAAGAAGAAAAAGGACGAGGAGAAACGGCUGGAGGCAGAGAAGAAAGCGGAGGAGGAGAGGCUGGCGGAGGAGGCCAAGAAGAAAGCCAAGAUCCUGCCGGACAUCAGCUGCUCCUUCUUCGACAUCCUCUUCCGUCCCGUCGAGCGACUGAUGGACGGCACCUUGGGAACCACCCUGGAUCCUCUCGAUCGUCGCUACAUUGCCUGGUUGUCCCUGGUAGCGCUGGCCUUCAACUACAACGUCUGGUUUUGCACCGCGCGCCUGGUUUUCCCUUUCCACAAUGAAACCACCAACCCCUUCUGGAUCACUUUUGACGUUCUUAGCGAUGUAGUGAACGUUAUCGACAUCGUGGUUUGGCAGCCUCGGCUACAGUUUGUCAAAGCCGGAGACGUCAUUAAAAGCGGACCUAUGGCUAAGGUUUAUUAUCGGAAAUCUCCUCGAUUUAAGAUUGAUAUCAUCAGCAUCCUCCCCUUUGACCUCCUCUGCCUGCACUUUGACUUCUCUGCAAUAUACAGAGUCAACCGCUUUAUCAGGAUUGAGUCCUUCUUUGACUUUAGUGAUCGACUUGAGAGCAUCAUGGCCAAGGCCUACAUCUGGAGAGUGAUUCGUACCACAGGCUACCUUCUCUUCGCCCUGCAUCUCAACAGCUGUGCGUACUACGUGGCCUCCAUGUAUCAGGGUAUUAAGUCGACCACAUGGGUGUAUAAUGGCGAGGGCACGGCGUACCUGCGCUGUUACUACUACGCCGUCCGCAGUCUGAUCAACAUCGGUGGUCUUCCAGAGCCUAUAACCACCUUCGAGAUAUCUUUUCAGAUGGCCAACUUUUUCAUCGGCGUCUUUGUGUUCUCUAGUUUGAUUGGACAGAUGAGAGAUGUCAUAGGAGCGGCAACAGCGGGUAAGACCUAUUUCAGGGCAUCUAUGGAUGGCUGUGUUGACUACAUGAAUACCUACAGUAUCCCAAAGGUUGUUCAGAACAGAAUCCGGACCUGGUACAACUACACCUGGUCAGCUCAGGGCAUGCUGGACGAGUCAGAGCUACUAGACAAGAUGCCUCUCGUGAUGAAAACUGCCAUCGCCGUGGACAUCAACUUGUCAACCUUCCAGAAGAUCGCAUUGUUUCAGGGCUGUGACCAGCAGAUGUUGGUGGAUAUGUUGCUGAGGCUCAAGUCAAUUGUCUAUCUCCCUGGAGACUUUGUUGUGAAGAAAGGCGACAUCGGUAAAGAGAUGUAUGUCAUCAAAAGCGGCGCGGUGCAGGUGGUGGGAGGACCUGACAACAGCAUCGUGUUCGUCACACUGAAGGCCGGCUGCGUGUUCGGAGAAAUCAGUUUGCUACAGUCUGCCAAAGAUGGAGGAAACAGGCGCACAGCUAACGUGAAAGCUCACGGCUUUGCAAACCUUUUUGUCCUGGAGAAGAAGGACUUGUUUGACAUCCUCGUUCACUACCCAGAGUCUCAGAAAGUGUUGGCCAGGAAGGGAAGGAAACUUACUAAAGCCAAAGGCCCUCCGGGGGCUAAAAAUGAGGAGAAGCAGAAAGGAAACGCAUUGUUUGAAACCAAACCACCAACACCGAAACUACUUAAAUUCAUGAACAAUUUCCGCAAAGGAACCUUCGCGUCUAAGAAAUGAUGCACCACUUCAACACUGAAUCAUUUUGUACAUUUCCUUUUCUUUGUCUACUGGAAGGCCCACAGGAUGACAGAUGUGGGAAUUUGAGUCUUAUUGUAGUAUUAUUCACCA